AUGAAGGUCUCAAUCACCGCCAGCCUCGGCCUCUUCGCCGCCACCGUCCUCGCCCACGGCGAGCACGGCUCCCCGGAGGUUCCUGCCGACGCCGACUGGGCUACGCGCCACAUGGCUGAGGAGCACCACAUCGCCACCUUCGACGCCAGUACCUUCUUCACCCUGCAUGACUACGACAGCACCGGCAAGUGGUCGCCCGACGACGUCCGCAAGACCUAUGGUCUCCUCGACGAGAGCGCCGCCACAAUCCCGCAAUCGAAGAAGGACGAGGUCGUCAAGAUUGUAUUCCAGUUGUUCGAUAAGGAUGACAGUGGCGAUAUCAGCAAGGAAGAAUACGUUGAGGCGACCAAUAACGGCGUGAAGCUGCCCGACUUUGGCACCGGGCCUGGUCACCAUGGCGACGACGAAUACGAAUAUGAAAUCCACCAUUUUGAGAAGUACCACAGUGGAGAUGAUGUCAAGGAAGAGGAUUUGAUUCACCCGGAGGAUAUUGAGCAUUUCGCGAAGCACGACCGUCUCGAUGCGGAACAAGAAAGAUUGGAGGCUCAGGAGAAGAUGAGCAUAGUCGAGGCAAACAUCCCUGCAAAGUUUCGCCGGAACAACUAG